UUCACCCCCCAUAACCCCAAUCCAACAACACCACCACCCUCAUCUUCUCUCUCUCUCUCUCUCUCUCAUUCAUUCUUCAUUCACUCACUCCAAUUAACACCAUGCAACAAGCAAUUCCUUAUGGAUCAUGGCAACCCCUCAUAACCCCCCACCCCACCACUCAUCACUUCACAAUUACCCCACACUCAUUAACUACUACCCACAUCCACAACACCUUCAACACUCACAAUUCUACAAAUAGUGCUAAUAAUAGUAACAAAAAUGAUGAUAACCGCUCCAACAAGAACAUGGUACUCAAACUCAACAACAUGGUCCUAGAGAACGCGGUUAUAGUGUUCGCUAGGCGCGGGUGUUGCAUGAGCCACGUCGUCAAGCGCUUGCUUUUGGGCCUUGGAGUCAACCCUGCGAUGCAUGAAAUUGAGGAGAGAGAUGAAGUGGGUGUUGUUAGGGAGUUGGAAGAAAUUGUUGGUGCCAAUAAUGGGAAAUUGCAGUUUCCGGCGGUUUUUAUCGGUGGAAAAUUGUUUGGAGGGUUGGAUCGUGUUAUGGCUACUCAUAUUUCCGGGGAACUCGUUCCAGUACUCAAAGAAGCUGGGGCUCUAUGGCUUUGACCCUUUUUUUUCAAGAAUUUUCCAUUUUCGUUCUUGGUUUUCUUGUAUUAUUUAUUUAUGUGUUUCCGGAUAUGUUAAUUUCCUCCUUUGGAGGCUGUAGAGAAAAAUAUUUGAAUAUAAUAAAAAUAUAUUUUUUCGAUUUCUUUGGAAA